GCGGUCAUUUCAUGGUGUUUAUGACCCAGACCCCUCAAUUCAUCGAAGGAGUUCAGUUUGCUUAUAUGGGACAGCAGGGCGUGCUGGGGCGGUACCCGCUGCACUUCCACGUGUGUGGAGAGGCGAAUCAAAGCCACGUCGUGCGGAAGAAUGCGAUUGUGUACAGCAAGCAGCGCUGUGUGGUGAUCCAUGCAACGAGCAACAUGACGAUUGAAGACACGGUGACAUACGAGAGCAAGGGGCACUGCUUCCUGGUGGAGGAAGGCUCGGAGAACAAUAACGUUUUCAGGCGGAACCUGGGGAUCAGCGUGAGAAAAGUGAAGGUGGUUAUCCCCUCUAAAGAGUCGUACGAUAAGCACACAGACGACAAGCCCAGCACGUUUUGGAUGGCCAACCCCAACAAUGAUUACAUUGAUAACGUGGCUGCUGGGUCGGAGGAUUCAGGGUACUGGACGGAGCUUAAGGAGGGGAUGAGGGGUCUAUCCCAGCUCCUACCCAACGCCCGCAACAUGCACCCUAUAGAAACCAAGUUCGGCACUUACUCGGGAAAUGUGGCGCAUUCAGCCAAGUUUGGGUUCCGCUCCUACCCCCAUGGCAUGUUUCCCUAUGCGCCCGGUGCUAGGGUGACCCUAUCCAAUUUCCUCAUCUACCGCAAUGAAGUUGGCAUGUUUCUGCACAUCACACGUCUCAUGACCAUCCAAUCCUCCACAUUCAUCGACAAUGGUCUCUCCAUACAUAUCAAGACAGACACGGGUAUCGUUGUGGAUCGGUGCCGGUUCAUCGGCCGCACCCAAGCCUGUCCAGGUGGAGGGAGCAGAGCCAAGGCAGCUUCACUCACAGCAGCAGCGACACCAGCACAACUAUCGGCCAUGGGUUCUGACUUUCACACACCUGACUUUGGCCCUACAACGGACUGGCAAGCCCCAGGCUUGGUGGGAACGGGCCUAGAAGACAGGCUCGGCAACGCUGCUGCCAGUUCUUCCAAGCCUACCAGGGCUGUUGCCAAGCCUGCAGGUGUUCCCUCUGGUUCUCGUCCUUUGGCCCAGUUCUCGUCCUUUGGCACAUGCAGAGCAGCCACCGCUUCUCACUCAUAG